AUGUCGACCGCGCGCGAGUGCCUUGGGCCUCUCAUCUCCUACCUUCCCUACCCCGCCUUCACCCGCGUGCAGGAGACCGUCAUCCCGGCGCUGCUGCAGGGCGACGGCAACGUCGUCGUGGCCGCCCCGACCGGAAGUGGCAAGACCGCCCUCUUGGAGGUGGCGAUGCUGCGUCUCUUCCAGGAUCGCCUUCUCCCCCGCACGGGAAACGCCGGUGGUGCACCCGGUCGCGGGACUGCCUCUGAGAGGAAGGCGGUGUACGUAUGUCCCAUCAAGGCCCUUGCCAGCGAAAAGUAUGGGCUUUGGCGGGAUAAGUUCCCAACUCUGUCAGUGGCGCUUGAGACGGGAGAUCAGGAGCUGUCGCGAGGCGACGAGGGUGGAUUGCUUGAGGUCCCCAACGCGGAUAUUAUCAUCACAACACCAGAGCGAUGGGAUAGUAUUACACGGCGGUGGAAAGAAGGGGUUGUUUGGGGUUUGGUGGCAUCGGUUGCCCUGCUACUUCUCGACGAAGUGCACACUGUGAGUGAGGAAAGAGGCGCCGCUCUGGAGGCGGUUGUAAGUCGCAUGAAGGCUAUAAAGGCGUCUCUGCGCAGCCGUGGGCCUCACUUCUGUUCUACCCGGUUUGUCGCCAUCAGUGGGACCUUGCCCAAUAUUGCAGACUUCGCUGAGUGGCUGCAGGUGGAGCCCGGUGGCGUCUUCUCGUUUACCUCCGCAGACCGACCGGUGCCGCUGACGCUGCGCAUCCUGUCGUAUCCCAGCACCUCCAACAAUCCCUUUGCGUUCGAUCGAUUUCUUUCCUUCAAGCUGUUUGGUCUUAUACGCCAGUUCAGUGCGGGCAGGCCGAGUAUUGUGUUUUGCGCCUCACGUAAUGAGGCGAUUAAUUCUUCCUUGAGAGUUGUGGCGGAGGUGAGGGAGACGGCCGCACGAGAAGGUGCCGAGGAUCGUCUGCGACCGGCUGAAGAAGUGGAACGGCUGGCGUCCUCGGCAAACGAUAAGCAGCUGCGCGGACUCCUCUUGCUUGGGAUCGCGUACCACCAUGCGGCGAUGUCGAUGCCUGAUCGCGUUCUCGUGGAGCGCAUGUUUCGAGAGCACUACAUAUCUGUCAUUUGCACGACCACGACACUGGCCCUUGGCGUCAACCUUCCCGCCCACCUUGUGAUUAUCAAAGGCACGACAUUCUUCAAGAGUGGCCGUCGCGAGGAUCUACCGCUCUCUGAGGUUGCACAGAUGGGCGGGCGAGCGGGGCGCCCUGGCCUUGACACCCACGGCAUCGCACUCGUCCUCACAACAGAAGCGAAGGCUGCCCUCUACGAGCCGCUGCGCCAUGGUGACUCCUGUUCAACGGUUGAAAGCCAAUUGCAUCAGAAGAUGAUUGAACACGUAAAUGCGGAAGUGGCUCUGCGUACCAUUCACAGCUUCUCCCUCGGCGUCGAAUGGAUUAAGACGACGUUUUUGUGGAUACGCUUAAGACACUGCCCGCGCCAUUAUGGCAUUCUCUUCUCCACCAAGGAAGAGGAGUCUUCUUUUGACCGUGAGGAGUUCGCAGCGAAGCUCAUGCACCGCAUGCUUACCGAGUUGGAACGGCAGGGGUGCAUUUCCAUCCGUUACGAAAAUGCCCCGGGUGGAGAGAGAUGUGGGCUUGGGAACUGCGAUGCUCGCUGUGGGGGUGAUGGCGCUCCCGUGGAAAACAUGAAAGGAGUGGUGGAGAGCACGCGUGUGGGGCGGGCCAUGGCAAGGCGGUACGUUUUGCUAAAGACGGUGGAACUGCUCAACGGUGAGACGGCGCGCGCCCGCUCGCAGUUAGACGCCUCAGCGGGAGGAGCCGCCGGGGAGCGGGCGUUAAAGCUCGCCCAUGAGGGUAGCACGCUGGAAGAAUUGACGGGCGCCCCCGUUGCAUUCGUAUUGCCACAACUUAUUGGUGUCCUUAGCCGAUGUGCGGAGUUUGAAGAGCUGCACCUCCGUCAAGGGGAUCGGAGGCACCUGAAUGAGAUGAACAAGAGCAUUCGCUACCCGUUGAAGUCUGGAGUGCGCGGGGGGAGGGAGGUGCGGGAGGAUUGGCAUAAGGUGUACGUGCUCCUCCAGGCGCAUCUAGCACACAUGCCGAUCAGCGAUUUUUCUCUGAGAAACGAUUCUGUUCGGCUUUGGACAACGGCCCCUCGCCUAGCGCGGUUUCUCGUCGACUACGCCGGGGCAAUGAAAUCCUACUCCUUUUUGAAGGAGAGUUUUCUUCUUUUGCGGUGCAUGGAGCAAAAGAUGUGGUGGGACGGUCCCGUUUUGAGGCAGUUGGAGGGCGUCAGUGAGGGUGCCGCCAAAGCGCUCCUGCAGGGCGGUGUCAGAGGCGUCGCCGACGUCGUGGCGUCCGAUCCCCGGAAGUUGGAGGCCCUCUGCGGGAAGAACAUUCCCUUCGGCAACGAACUGCAGGAUCGAUGUCGGGCAAUUCCGCGGUGUGGCCUCUCGCUUGAGCCCUGCGCGGGUGCUGAGACGCUCAAGGCAGUUGUCACCCUGACGCCGCAGCCGCACAGGACACGCGGAAAUCAAGUCAAGUACCGCAUGGUUGUCAUCGUGGGCAACGCCGCGACCGACGCAAUCCUGCUCUUUCGGCAAUUUUCUCCGGCUGACGCCAAGGAGGGGCAAGUGGUGUUCACUUUUCAUGCGCCACACGGAGGCCGGGGUCGUGUUGUGGGCCAAAUUUUCACAGAGCAGCAGAUGCUUGGAAUCGAUGUCCAGGCAACCCUUAACUUGGGCGAAGACACAGAGGCGGAGGGGCACGAGGAUUCCGCGCACAAGGCUGCGGCGCAAACCAAGCAGAGGAAAAGAGGGAAGCCGACGCUUCAUGCGUUUGACGGACUUCUCCGUGACCUUCGUUGGGUGGAGGGUUCUUCUCCCAGAACUUCGGCGCACGCGGCGCAGCCUUGUCCGCAGAAGCAGGAAGCCAAUGCCGUCGAUACGGCGGAACCGUCAACAGAUGCCGCUUUUGUGGAUCAACCACCUGCCGGCAAUUCCGCUCUAGAGAAGUCCUCCUCUUGCGAUGCCGCUGCCGUGAUAGAGGGCGGCGGCAGUGAGGCUGCUGAGCAGUCUCACCCACGCAGCGGCGGAAGCGCCGCGGUAACAGAUGUGGAUGAAGACUACAGAGAGCUGGUCAGGCGUACGAGUUGCAUUGCCUCCCAAUUGAGGUUUAACCGCGAUUAUUCCCCUGUCUACCCUUGCAAACGAUCACGUGAGGAAACCAGCACGAACUCAAGUGUAUCCUUUCAACCUCUGCGGAGUCCAUUCGCAGACGCACAGGAGGGAAGCUCUUCUGCCGCACGUCCCGGGGCCUCUGUGAGUCUCCCCAAAGCCGUUUCUCCAGAUCCCGUUGCAGUUUCGCGUGGUGAUGCCGCCUACUUGCGCCCAUCCGCGCGAUUUCGCGUUGGUGUGCAGUACGCCGCGCCGCAGGAAGGGCUGCCGGAACCUCCUUUUCGAGUCGUGGAGAGUCAGCGACGGUUUGCGGGGCGCGAGGCGGGGGCGUUCGCGGUCCCAUAUGGCCCUUUCGGGGGGACUUCUCACACCACGGCGCAACAGCCGUCCUCAUUUGUGCGCGAGUUUCGUCUCCCGCCACGAGGUUGCCAGAACGACCCGGGCUUGGCGCAGGGACCUGCCCCACCGUGCUUCAGGAACUCCGUUGGUGGACUGGUUGCUCAUCACAGUGCCGGCGCGGACGCACACCUACCCUGGCAUCGGGGGUUUUUCCCUUCGGCUGCCGCCCCGCCUUCGCGAGGGUGGCCUCAGGGAUGGGCCGCUCCCUCUGUGGCCAACCCUCGCGCUUCGUGGGAGCCGCCCCGGGCAACACGUGGCUAUUCCAUGUUUAGCGACAGCCGCACCUUGUCGAAUUUGGAGCCUCUUCAUGGUUCUUUUCCCGCGGCCUCGAUGCCGGGGUUUUUCUACCAACUGCCUGGCGGACACCACGCGUGUGUCGCACCACGAACAACCGCCGUGCAAAGGGGAUGGUGGUAG